AGAAGCUGCAAAAUAAUGGAGCUUAAGAAAGCAAGGCCAUUCAUGGCCAUUGUUUUCAUACAGUUUUUGUAUGCAUUGAUGUCCAUAGUAGCAAAACUAGCUUUGAACGAGGUAAGACUAUGUUACAUCAAUUCCACAAUGAUAGACAUUGACUCGUCCGUGCCUGUGGUCGAACAAAACCUAUACUACUCAGGGAUGAAACUUACUACUGCCACAUUCACAUCGGCUUUGUGCAAUGCACUUCCUGCAAUGACAUUUAUAAUGGCCUGCAUUUUCAAGCUCGAGAAGGUGAAUAUCAAAAGGCGUCACAGCCAGGCAAAACUAGUGGGAACCAUGGUGGCUGUUGCAGGAGCAAUGCUUAUGACACUCGUGAAAGGGAAUGUCAUUGAGUUACCAUGGACAAGUAAGUCAAGGGGUUUUCAUGGUCAGUCACAUACUAUGAAUGCUCCAAAGCAGAAAGAUAUAGGAAGAGGAUCAAUUAUGCUUGUAGCAAGCUGCUUCAGCUGGUCAUGUUUCAUCAUUCUACAGGCAAACAUUCUGAGUUCAUAUCAGGCUGAGCUCUCGCUAACAGCACUUAUGUGCUUUAUGGGGAUGCUGGAGGCUGCUGUUAUGGCAUUGAUAUGGGAAAGGAACAACAUGUCGGUCUGGAAAAUUCACGCGGACAUGAGGCUAUUAGCUUCAAUAUAUGGGGGGCUUGUCUCAGGGUUAGCAUACUACGUUAUUGGAUGGACAUCAAAGGAGAGAGGGCCUGUGUUUGUGAGCGCAUUUAACCCUCUCAGCAUGGUUAUCGUUGCUAUUUUGAGCUCAUUUGUUUUCUUGGAAGAAUUGUACCUAGGAAGGCUUGUUGGGUCAGUUGUCAUUGUCAUUGGAAUAUAUUUGGUUCUAUGGGGUAAAAGCAAGGACAAAGGAGGGCAGCUUCCACCAAAAGCUGGCUGUGCAGAGUCUGUGGUCAAAAUUGACGAAGAGAUGGUUCCAAAGGCAGCAACUCAGUCUUAA